CGGUCGAGGCGAGAGUUGGACGGACAGCUCGAUAUGAUGAACGGCUGCUCGUUGUCGUCGUCGUUGUAAAUUACAAGCGAGCAACCGAGUGCAGCAGCAGUUGCAGCAGCUUCGCGACCGUAUAUUACGCAUAUUUUAUUAUUCUCGCGCGCGUGUGUGCGUGUGUUGUGCAUCUCUUCCCAACUGCAGGCCUGCCUGCGAGUCGCGACUGCGAGCGGCAAUUCGGCAACGCGACCACGACCAACAUACAGAAAUUGCACUAAGCCGAGUAGAAGCGGCGCAGCUGCCUGCCCGCCGUUGCCGCUGCCAUCACCGAACGACCGCCGCCACCGCGCGCCGCAAAACUCUGACCGAGCAGCGUAUACGGAGCAGCAGCAGCAGAAUUUUGCGAAUCGCCGUGCGGCGCCGCCGACUCGCUGCUGCGCCUGCAAUCGAGAGUCAUCGCGGACGACGAGAGACGUUUCAACACGCAAUAUUAUACCACAUGCUCCUUGGGUUAUAUCCUCGCCUCCACCACGACGGAUUCUCUUGCUGUGUGUGUGGCGCAUAAAGAGAGAGACGAACGACUUUAUACAACACUAGCAGCCCAAAGUUCACGUAUCUAAUAGGUAUCGCGCCUAUAUAGCCUGCACAUUUCGCAUCGGUGGAGGCACCCCGUCGACCGCAACUACAGUCGUUGUUCUUGCACCUCUGCUCUGGCACGUCGUCUACUUGCAUCGUGGCCGAUCUCAAACGACACCUUGGUCGCAUACAACUCGCCCCCGAAGUGCGCUUAGACAUAGUCGACUUGCAGUGUGCAUUGUGUCCUUAAAGCUUCGACCAUGUCGUGAGCUCUCGCGCUCUCUCGACUACAUAUAGAGAUCUCUCUCUGUGACUCGUGUGCCCGAGUGUGCGUGCACGUACGUGUGUGCUGCAGAGUGUGUGCGUGUUGCGAAUCAGUCAGUGUGUGCACUGUCUGCCAGAAGAGUGGAGUAGCCGUGCGAAGCCAGAAGAGCGUCUACCACCGGGAGCAGCAUUAGCAACAGAAACGGCAGCAGCAGACAGGUUAUAAAAAAGGAGCUCGCAGACGUGUUUAUUUUAUAUAGUGCAUCGCGCGAAUGUCGCAACGGCGCGUCCGCUAAAGCAGCAUAGCAUAGCAUCGAGAGAGAGAGAGAGAGAGAGAGAGAGAGAGAGAGAAAGAACUAAACUCUGCACGAAGAGUAGAAGCAGCAGCAGCAUUAGCAAUAGCAAAGCUGCGGCAGCCCACCGCACACACAGUGAAGCAUAUUAUAUACGCACACACAUCCGGCGCGCGGCGCCCAGAGGCUAAAACAAGAGUGGCCCAAAGAGAUCGGACGGAGAUACAUACGCACACAGUGAGCUGUAUAUAGGCGCAUCUUUUCGACUGCACUUUUGCCCGCUCGACGUCCGCGCGACGACAUUUCCAUUAUUCUCGUUGCAGCACGGAGACCACCUCUCUCUCUCUUUCGCUCUGUCUGCGUUAUACUGCACUAUCUGCAAGUUUACGUGCUAGCGAGCGCGCGACUGCGAUGACCAAGUCCGACUCGCCGAUGAUCCUGGCGACGCGCCUCACCGACUCGUACGGUUCGUACCGCACCAUCUGCAACGGCUUGUUUUCCUGCUGAAGCGUAAUCGUGCUUUCGUGCUGUGCCCGUCUACAACGAUUUUUUUGACACGUGCGUCAGUGUGUGUGUGUGUGUGUGUGUAUGUGUGAUAAGGUGUGUGAUGGGUGCUCGAGCUCAGUGACUCUGUCUCGUUGACACCUCGGUUGUGUUUCAACAUUCCUAGUGCUACAUCGGACAAGUGUAUGCAGCUUGUACUCCAUCAGUGUUUCUUCUUGUGAGUGUUCAUGUGAAUUUUCCUACUCCAGAAUCAAGACCAGUAAAGCAGCUUGCUCAUUGAAUAAUCAUCUGUCAUUUUUUUCUGGAGGCAUGGGCCCCAGCUAACACUUGGCCAUCAGUCGAAGAGUGAGGCAAGACUACAAUUGUCACACAAGCUUAGCUAUCCAGUGCCUCCCUCUUAUCAUCCCCCCUUGUGAGAAAAACCCAACAUGUCCCAGACGACAACAUUUGUGGAUCGGAUAGAUCCUUUUGCUAAACGAUCACUCAAAAAGAAGUCCAAAAAGUCACAGGGCUCUUCUUGUUAUCGCAACUCGGUUGAUGUCGAGCUGCAGCAGCUCCCACAACUCAAAGAUGUUACUCCGUCGGAGCAGGAGGAACUUUUUAUACGAAAGCUAAGACAAUGCUGCGUCGCUUUCGACUUUAUGGACCCGGUGGCGGACCUCAAAGGCAAGGAAAUUAAACGCACAACCCUGAACGAGCUUGUCGAGUUUAUCACCGCAGGCCGAGGGGUCUUAACCGAAGCGGUCUAUCCUGAAAUCAUUAAGAUGAUUUCUGCCAACAUAUUUCGUACCUUGCCACCGAGUGAAAAUCCAGACUUCGAUCCUGAAGAGGACGAUCCGACCUUGGAGGCGAGCUGGCCCCAUCUCCAGCUCGUUUACGAGUUCUUUCUGAGAUUUCUUGAAUCCCAAGACUUUCAACAAAAUAUUGGCAAACGCGUCAUUGACCAAAAAUUUGUUUUACAGUUGCUGGACUUGUUCGAUUCCGAGGAUCCUCGAGAAAGAGACUUUUUGAAAACAGUCUUGCAUCGUAUAUACGGAAAAUUUCUGGGUCUCAGAGCUUUCAUACGUAAACAAAUAAACAACAUCUUUUUAAGGUUUGUUUACGAAACAGAGCAUUUCAAUGGAGUUGGGGAGUUGUUGGAGAUAUUAGGCAGUAUCAUCAAUGGUUUUGCUUUACCGCUGAAAGUUGAACACAAACAGUUUUUGGUCAAGGUGCUGUUACCGCUACACAAAGUUAAGUGCUUGUCGCUGUAUCAUGCGCAAUUAGCAUAUUGCGUGGUACAAUUUCUCGAAAAAGACGCAACCCUCACGGAGCCCGUUGUACGAGGACUUCUGAAAUUCUGGCCUAAAACAUGUAGUCAGAAAGAGGUCAUGUUUCUGGGCGAAAUCGAAGAAAUUCUCGAUGUCAUAGAACAUGCUCAAUUCGUUAGAAUACAAGAACCAUUAUUCAGGCAAAUUGCACGUUGUGUUUCGUCUCCACACUUUCAGGUUGCUGAGAGAGCGCUGUAUUUUUGGAAUAACGAGUACAUUAUGUCCCUAAUCGAGGAAAAUAAUCACGUUAUAAUGGGAAUAAUGUUUCCGGCUUUAUAUAGAAUAAGCAAGGAACAUUGGAACCAAACGAUCGUGGCGCUUGUUUAUAAUGUGCUAAAAACAUUCAUGGAAAUGAACAGCAAGCUCUUUGACGAACUUACUGCCAGUUAUAAGUCUGAAAGGCAAAAAGAGAAAAAAAGAGAAAAGGAAAGGGAAGAACUGUGGAAGAGACUGAAUGAACUGGAACUUGAACACCGCCAAAACGCUUUAACAGCGCCAACAAACACUUCAGUUCCUGCCUCUACUGCACCUGCGACGCGUGCCCGCCCCUGA